CUCGGAUGAAAACCCAAAACCCUUUCUUCUCCCCCAAUCCACGAUCCCCUCCCAUCCUGGGGCGACUAGCGAGCGAGCCAGCUCGAGCUGCUUCUGGAAUCUUCUAGAACACUCUGCUCUUCCGCAGUCUUCUUCUUCCUCCCACCCUCGGCUCGGGACCUCUGCCCCUCGCGCUUCUAGGAGUCUCCACGGGCCACCGCCAUACCAGGCUGUUUUUUUUCUCUUUUUCGCGUGAAGGUGGGGGCGCCCGUUUGGCGCGCGCGCCGCCGCGGAUGGACCGGCUGGGGUGGCUGCGGCUCGCGUCGAGGUCUCUCACGCUACACUCCGGCGAGGUGCCUGCGCAUGGGAGCAAAUGGAUUCGGCCCUCCACACCUUGCAGCUCCAGUGGCAUCUAUAUUGGUGAUAAAUGCUAUGGACGAUUUCUGUUGACAUCAUUUGCAUCAAGCAGGUCCUUUCAUGCUACAGGUCAGCAUAGCUCACCAGAGAAGGACUAUUACAAGAUUCUUGGUGUUCCCAAGGAUGCCUCUCAGGAUGACAUCAAGAAGGCUUUUCAUUCGCUUGCCAAAAAGUACCAUCCAGACACAAACAGGGGAAAUACUGCCGCAAAAAGGACAUUUCAGGAAAUAAGAGAUGCAUACGAGACAUUGCGGGACCCUUCGAAGAGAGAGCAGUAUGAUAUGCUGUUUUAUAGAGGGUCAGAGACAAAUUCCACAAAGGGUGGAAUGGAGUUUGAUGGGGCUUAUCAAGAUCCAUUUUCAGGAUUCCACAAGCAAGGUCAUAAUCCCUUUGCAGAAUUCUACAGACAAAACACUGGACCUUUCUCUAGUAAAUUUUAUAAAAUAUUCUCUGAGGUUUUCGAGAAUGAUGUAGAUGUACAUGCCAAUGACAUUGAGGUAGAGGUGGAUCUUUCCUUUAGAGAAGCUGUUAAAGGAUGCACGAAGAAAGUCUCCUUCAGUGCCAAAAAUCUUUGCGGCUCAUGUGUUGGGAGGGGAUACUUGGCAAAUGCAAAGACAUAUGUUUGCCCUUCGUGUAAAGGUGCAGGAAGAGUUACAAUGUACCCAUUCACAUCCAUUUGUACUUCUUGCAGAGGCUUUGGGAAAGUAAUCAAGGAUUACUGCCUGACAUGUAAAGGUUCAGGGGUGGUAGAUGGCAUGAAGUAUGUAAAUGUGACCAUUCCAGCAGGAGUCGAUUCUGGUGAUACAAUUCAUGUGCCAGAGGCUGGGCAUAGUGGUGGACGUGGAGCCCUACCUGGAAGUUUAUACAUUAAGCUUCAAGUAGCAAGUGAUCCGCUGUUUGUUCGUGAUGGAGCUGAUAUCCAUGUGGAGAAAAAGAUUCGAUUUACACAGGCAAUGCUUGGUGGAAAAGUUGAAGUACCAACUUUAGAUGGGAUGGCAGAAGUUAAGAUACCCAAAGGAGUUCAACCAGGGCAGGUUAUAGUUUUAAGGGGCAAAGGGUUGCCCAACCAGGCAGGGUACCUCGGGGACCAAUAUGUCCGAUUCCGAAUACAGUUUCCCUCAAUGGUUAACGAACGUCAACGUGCAUUGUUGGAAGAAUUUGCAGUAGAGGAAGCCACGAAGGAACAGAAUUCCUUUGCAGCUGGAAACUGGCUUUACCAGCAGCUAUCUACUGGUUGAUACUUACAGGUGGGAGCUAGUUGAAAAUUUGAAGGGGCAAACUUUCUUGCUCGGGCUUGGCUUCCUCGUACUGAUGCACCUUCUACUGACGAAGGUUGUGAGCUAAUGCUCUAAAGCUGCACUUCGUUAGGAACAUCAGGGGACAUCAAUCGGUAUAAAUUCUCUGGACAUUAACCUGGACAUCGGCCAUCAUUACUGUUUUCAACCACACCGAUUUGCGAUCUUGUAGGCGCAUGGCAGAAGAUUGCUCCUACCAUUGGAGAGGUACUCGUGCUAGUUAUUUUUUUUGGUUCCCGUCACAGUUGAAUCAUAAAGCUGUACGGAGUUUUGUUUUAUAGGGCUUCAAUAAUGGGAGAAUAAUAUGGAUGCCACUUUUUUUUACCGGCAUAAUUUGGUUGCUUUAUAGUGAGAAUAGCUACAUCCAACAAAUAUAGUUUAAAUUCAUGCACUAUAUUUUUUUAGUAUAUUCCUUAAUAUCAUGUCGAUCUCUAUGGAUGCCUAGGAACUCAAAGAUGUGAUUGUGA